AUGAAUAUUUUUGAGAACAACAGUGAGUGUGAACAAACUCCAACAUGGCGAUACAGGGAUGUGACUGGACAGAAUCUGCUAAAAUUGGGGGUAAAAAUCGUUCUUUAAAGCCGUGAAGGGUACAGGAAUAUUUCUGCUCGGUGUUUUCUAUAUUUGUGACAGUACUGGUGGCCUUAUAAGAUGUCAGACUCGUCGGUUUUUGGUAAAGAAGAGGCCGUUUCUUGCAACAAGGAGGUAGUGGGAGAGGGAAGUGUGCUCGGAAAGUGGGAGGGCGACAACGCUACCAACAACUGUGUUUGUAAGUCGCCAAAUGCUGCCGAAGUUCAACCCAAGAAUAACACCAGGCUCAAUGGCUGUGUCGUGGCAAUACCAGAGGAAAAGAACGCCUUAGCAGAGAAGCAUGCAGUUGUUGUUGCGGGAACGAAAUCAACAACAACAACAGACAACAACAGACACAGCGAGGAAAGUACUGUAGCAGAAGCCAUGUUAUCUCUCUCGUUGGAAGAAGGGUUAAAAGGUGAUGGCGACAGAACGAAAAGACGCCCAGAGAAAGCAGUACUUGGUAGAGUUGAUAACCCUGUCGUUGUUGAGGAGGAUGGCGUGUUGUCGGGAAGGGAACUACUGAUUGAGAAGAUUCCAUCAUCAGGCUUUGAUGGGGAUGCUGCUGCUGAGGAGGAGGAGGAUGGGGAGGACCAUGUUAGCUAUGUUAGUUACCAAUCAGAACUGCAGAUGCCGGACAUCAUCAGGCUCAUCACGAAGGACCUCUCAGAACCCUACUCCAUAUACACCUACCGCUACUUCAUUCACAAUUGGCCCAAGCUAUGCUUUCUGGCCAUGUCGGGAGGGAAGUGUGUGGGAGCGAUUGUGUGCAAGCUGGACAUGCACAAGAAAAUGGUUCGCCGAGGCUACAUCGCCAUGCUAGCCGUAGAUGAGAACUAUAGGAGGAAAGCUAUCGGUUCUACUCUAGUGAAGAAAGCCAUCCGUGCCAUGACUGAUGACGAUUGUGAUGAGGUCGUGCUGGAGACCGAGAUCACAAACAAGCCUGCUCUGAGGUUGUAUGAGAACUUGGGAUUUGUGAGGGAUAAGAGAUUAUUUCGAUAUUACCUGAACGGUGUGGAUGCUCUGCGGCUCAAGCUCUGGCUGCGAUGAGGAUCGUAACGACCCCCCUCCCCCUUUGUUACAUUGCUGUUUGUGGGAAAGUAGAAUAAUAUAGUGGCUUCGUGUUUGUUAUGUACCCACUGUGAACUAUGUGAUCACUACCACUCAGAACCCCUCAUUUUACAAGUAGACUAGUCCUGUUACCUGACUCUGGUGCUAAGAAUCCUGUCCGUGACGCCCUUAUUAAAUCUUACUUUUAUAAAUUGACUGACUUUUCGAAGAGCUUCAUGGUUUCUUCACUGUCUUCCCUUCAGGACUCUUAGCACCAUAGUCAGGUAACAGGACUAGUCUACUUCUAAAAUAGGGGGGUUCUCAGUGGUAGUGAUCACACAGUUCAGAGUGGUCAUGUUCUGUGCACCAUCACAGACUGGUGUCAUUGCACCUCAGUUCUAUCAGCAUUUUCAGAUUCAAAGCUAAGGCCUUGAAACUUGUAUUCGCUUUUGUGUGGAUAAAAUGACUAAUGUAGUCCUCAGUCCUCGAUUACUGUUAUAGUAUUAAGUAUCUCUGUUGGUUGAAGUAAUGUUGUUAAUCAAUAUCUCAUGUUAUGAAUUAAUAAAUUGUGUAUGUCUCAAUUCCACAAGUACUUCUUACCGAGGUAUCUACGAUGUGUUUUCAUAAGGAACUGAUUUAACAGAUGUGAAUUACUUCUGAGAAGAUUGUAGUAAUGGAUGUACUGGUGAAUGCCUUGAAAUUAAUUAUAAAGAAAAUUGAAAAUUGCUUCUUGUAUCAGUGACACAUGUAGCACUAGAAAAACAAGACUGGGCUUGGACACAUUAAAACUUUGUCAUGUCUUUAA